CAGAGCUGAAGGAUCCUGGCACCCGUCCUUUCUUUGGCCCCUAGACCUUUAACGCACAGACUACACAGCGAGCUAACCAUGCUGCGGCAGCUUGCUGGAGUUUUACUAUGUGUGACCUCCUUUUUAAGUUCCUCAUCUCUAGGUGCAAGCGCUGGACCUCGGCUGGAUAAUGACAAACUCUACAGAUACAGCUACAGCGCUGAGGUCGGGCUGAACAGGCCAACGGGAUCCACUAGAGGGAAUGUUGGAUUCAGGAUAAACUGUGAUGUGGACAUCAGCCUUAUCUGGAGGAACCCAGAGAACCAGGAUGAGCAGCUACUUCGAGUGCAGAUCUCAAAUGUUCAAAUUGAGAGUGCUGCUAAGCGCUCCCGCAAAAACAACAUCUUCCAUGGCAGCUCACCAGAAAGCAUUUUGGGUAAAGACAAGCUUGAAGUGCUUCAGAGCCCGUUCAUAUUGCUUUGGAAGAUGGGCAAGCUGAGAAGCAUUUAUGCCAAUAAGGGGGAGCCUGCCAACAUCAAAAACUUGAAGAGAGGUGUGGCCAGUAUGCUAAUGAUCCAGUUAAAGUCUGGGAAAAUGAUGGAGGCUGAUACUUCAGGGAAAUGUUUAGUUGAGUACAAGGCUACUAAAAAUCAGGUGAUCCGCACAAAACACUUGGAGACCUGCAAAACACAGGAGACAGGAUUCACAACCCACAGCCCAGUGUUGGGUAUCAGUGGAAAGUGUACUUCUGUAACAGUUAUCACUCUGGAGAAUGGCAUCAUUAAGUCUGCUGAUGUGGAGGAAUCACACAUUUUGUCCGCCAAUGCUCGCCGUACGACCGCAACAAAAGUCCUGUCCAGGCAGUCACUGACACUUAAAAAGACUGAGGUUGGCACAAGAGAAAUGGCUGGUAAGGAUGCUGCAAGCGUGGUGAAAUCUCUGAAUGACAAACUCAUCUCUGUCGGAGUCAUAGGGGAGAAAGUCAAAGUCAAAUGCAAAGGAUGCCCAAAUUUGAUGGACACAUGGAAGGCUGUGAGGUCUCAGCUUGAGCCGGACUCACUCGCUAAAGUGACAGCCCCACGAAGUUUCCUCUUGCUCCUACACAGCCUACGCAAAGCCAGCAAAACAGAGAUCCAGACUGUACUGCGCAACUGCAGCAAGACUGCAUUGCCUCAGUUGGUGGAUGCAGUGACAUCCGCUCAGACUCCAGCAUCUUUCUCAGCCAUUCUGGAGUUCUUGGACUUUAGUAAGAAGGAAGGUUUAGUCCUACAGGAGCGCUUCCUGUAUGCAUGUGGCUUUGCCUCCCACCCUACAGAGCCCAUGCUACAGUCACUGCUGGACGUAUCUCAAGGAAAGAUUGGCAGUACAGACAUUAAGGAGUCAGUUGUGAUCAUCAUGGGUGCUCUAAUCAGGAAACUUUGUCUCAACGGAGGAUGUGAGCUACCAACGGUGGUGAAAGUGAAGGAGCUGUUGCUGGCAGGGCCUGACAGCACCCAAGUGGAGUCAGAGGUGCAGAUGUACCUGUUAGCACUGAAGAACGCUCUCCUGCCAGAGUCCAUUCCUCUUCUAACCAAAUAUGCAGAGUCGGCGGUGGGAGGGUUUAGCACCAUUGCCAUCACAGCUUUGCAGAGAUACGACCCUGCGCUUAUAACAGCAGAGGUGAAAAAGACAUUGAACCGCAUUUACCAUCAGAAUCAGCGUGUAUAUGAAAAGAAUGUUCGUGCCGCAGCAGCUGAUGUAAUUAUGAGCAGUAAUCCAUCCUAUAUGGAUGUAAAGAACCUCCUGCUGUCCAUUGGACACCUGCCACAUGAGAUGAAUAAAUACAUGCUGUCUAAAGUCCAAGACAUACUGCGCUUUGAGAAGCCAGCCCGCAUAAUGGUACAGCAAGUUAUGAAGGACAUGGUUUCCCACAACUAUGACAGAUUCUCAAAGACUGGGUCUUCCUCUGCUUAUUCAGGCUUCAUGGCAAAAACUGCUGAUGUCACUUCCACUUACAAUUUGGACAUCUUAUACUCUGGUUCUGGCGUCCUGAGGAGAAGCAACAUGAACAUUUAUGCUCAGAACAAAGAUGCCUUCCUUCAUGGCCUUCAGGUGACAAUCGAAGCCCAGGGUCUGGAGUCUCUGAUUGCAGCCACAGCGGAUGAGGGGGAAGAAGAUCUCGAGUCCUUUGCUGGGAUGUCUGCUCUGCUGUUUGACGUGCAGCUCCGCCCAGUGACCUUCUUCAAAGGCUACAGUGACCUGAUGUCCAAGAUGUUCUCCAUGUCUGGAGACCCAAUCAAUGUGGUGAAGGGCCUUAUUCUGCUCUCAGAUCACUCACAGGUUAUUCCACUGCAGUCUGGUCUAAGAGCCAGUGCUGAGUUCCAAGGCAGCCUGGCCAUUGAUAUUUCUGGUGGGAUGGAGUUCAGCUUGUGGUACAGAGAGUCUAAGACCAGCGUCAACAACAGGGGAGCCCUGGUUGUCAUCGGUAACGUAACUGUGGAUAUGGACUUCGUAAGCGCUGGGGUGGAGGUGAGUUUUGAGACAGAGGCUGCCCUGGACUUCAUCACCACUGUGCAGUUUUCCGAGUACCCCUUCCUUGUCUGCAUGCAGAUGGACAAAACAACUUUCCCCUUCAGUGAGACGGUGUCCAAGCAGGAGAAGUUGCCCUCUGGACAGAAUUUCUCCUCAGGAAGGAGCAGAAAGCAGCUGGUACCAGGCUCAGAAUUCCCUCUACACCAGGAGAACUCUAACAUGUGCAAAAAGGUCUUUGGGCAAGACUGGUAGAAUAGCUGAGUCUGCACCUGAUGCUUUAGCAAAUAUUAAAGGUUUUCACAAACAGCCACUCUGCAUUUUUGCAUGAGUGUGUAUAUUUUGGGGUGGGUGUGUGUGCUUAAACCUUAAGUCAAUCAGGCUUGUGGAGGCAUUACUUUAAGGUCCUUACAAUAAGUCCUACCAUGUUUUCUCCAUAUACGAAUGAUAAGUACAAAUUAAAUUCAUAUUUUUUUAUAAGUUUGAUCAAAUCUUCUGUACAACCAAUGGCACUCUCAUCAUCCGAAGGUACUAUUCAACCCAUAAAAAACUGCAUUUUUUGUUUCAGAAUUCAGCUGUUAUAAAAUAUUUAUAAAUGCAUUAUAACAGGUACAUUGAAAGACUGUGUAUUUGAGGUGCUACUGUAUUAUUUAUUUAAUUAGAGGGCUUUAAGUCACUCGUUAUCCCUCUACAGGCAUUUCAGAACACCUGGUUUCCAUGAUUAUAUCAGAUGUUUACGUUCUUGCAAAUAUUUAUGGCAGUCUCGUACAUGGGAACAUAAUCAUCCAUGAAUAAAGUUUCUUUUUUUUUUUUUUGUCCUUUCUCUCCUGAAUGUAUAUUUUCUGUCAUCAUCUUUUUGUAUGGGAUAGUAUAAAUAUUGAAGUGGUAACUUUCCAUAAUAUAGAUAAUUAAUACUGAUGUAUCACAACACAUUGUACCACUGAGGCUUCAUUUAACUAUAAUGGGGGUGUAAGUAGGCUAAUUAAUAUGGUUAGUCCUUUUAACAGUAUAUCCGAAUAAAGAUAAGUAUUGAAUGUUUAAUGAAGCUUCAAUAUAUGAACAUUGUGAGAUGGAGGACAGGUUGCAUGAGAUAUAAGGUCUGUUUAUUUCACUAAUGUAUGUAUUACCCUUGAGAACUGUAUCAACAAGAUUUACCUGUACAUUUCCUGAAGGAAGUAUCGGUGCUUGCGUGGCAGCAAAAGAAUCGUGCAAAUUUUUGGUACAAUAAUCUAGAAAAGGAGACGAAAGCCAGAGGAACGAAAGACAAAAUGUUAGAUUUUGAAUGCCAAACAUUGUUGCA